AGAUAUGUAGAGAACCAUUUCUUGGUCCUAGCACAGAGAUGUGAGGCUGGUGCUGGGACACUCUCCGCUGAAAACUAGCUGCCUGAAGCUGUCACUCCACUGUACCUGGAUCGCUUAGGGUAGCAUUUUCCUCUGUAUCCCCCCAAGUCCCCAUUCUCAGCAGCAUCAUGUCGCUCGCACACACUGCUGCAGAGUACAUGCUCUCUGAUGCCCUGCUGCCUGACCGCAGGGGCUCUCGGCUCAAAGGACUGCGCCUGGAACUGCCCCUGGAUAAGAUGGUCAAGUUCAUUACUGUGGGCUUUCCCUUGCUGCUGAUGUCUCUAGCUUUCGCCCAGGAGUUCUCAUCAGGGUCUCCGAUCAGCUGUUUCUCUCCCAGCAACUUCAGUGUCAGGCAGGCUGCAUACGUGGAUAGCUCAUGCUGGGACUCGCUGGCUCACCAUACGCAGGACAAGGCUGGCCAGUACAAGGUGAAAUCUCUCUGGCCUCACAAGGCUCUUCCCUACUCUCUACUGGCUCUGGCUGUGGCCAUGUAUCUGCCAGUGUUGCUGUGGCAAUAUGUAGCUGUGCCCUCCCUCAGCUCUGACCUGCUGUUCAUCAUCAGUGAGCUGGACAAGUCUUACAACCGUUCCAUCCGCCUGGUGCAGCACAUGUUGCAGAUCCGGCAGAGCAGCUCUGACCCCCAUGUCUUCUGGGAUGAGCUAGAGAAGGCCCGGAAGGAACGGUACUUUGAAUUUCCCUUGCUAGAGCGGUACCUGGAAUGCAAGCAGCGCUCCCAUUGGCUAGUGGCCACCUACCUCCUGAGGAACGCCCUCUUACUCCUCUUUACCUCAGCCACUUACCUGUACCUUGGCCAAUUCCAUUUAGAUGUCUUCUUUCAAGACGAAUUUAACUGCUUCAUCAAGACAGGGCUGCUACAUGAUGAGACCCAUGUGCCAGAGCUGAUCACAUGCAGGCUGACCUCCCUGUCUGUAUUCCAGAUUGUGAGUGUCUCCAGUGCAGCAAUAUACACCAUAUUGGUCCCAGUGAUAAUAUACAACCUCACACGGCUAUGUCGGUGGGACAAAGGACUCCUAUCCAUCUAUGAGAUGCUCCCAGCUUUUGAUCUCCUCAGUAGAAAGAUGCUAGGAUGCCCCAUCAAUGACCUCAAUGUGAUUCUUCUUUUCCUCCGAGCUAAUAUCUCUGAGCUCAUCUCUUUUAGCUGGCUGAGUGUCUUAAGUGUGUUGAAGGAUACAACCACCCAGAAACACAACAUCGACACAGUGGUUGACUUUAUGACCUUUGUGGCUGGCUUAGAACCCUCAAAACCUAAACAUCUCACCCAACAUACAUAUGAUGAACACGCAUAGUUUAAAAAAAGAAACACAGAUAAGUUUUAUAGAAAGUAACUCUCCUUCUUCACAAGCUAUGCAGAGUAAAAGACAGAAAAAUAAUAAGGAUGUCCACGUAAAAUGGUUAAGAGAUUGGAUUCAGCUGAAAUAUCCUGUAUUUUUAAGAAGAUAAAAAUCAACACAUGAAAAUUCAGUGUGAAGUCUGGGAGUCAAGAGUCAAAGAACUGAAAAGUUCAGUUUAGAACAUUCAGAGGACAGUAGUGCUAAAGGAACAAGCUGAAGCAAAGUGCAAUUAUUGAACUCAGAAAAAUUCUAAAGGCCAUUUAUGGAGGGAAAUUCUCACAAGGCCCACCCGCUCUAGAAGUCAUGCUUCCCUUCCCACAAUGGGCAGGGUAGAACAAUUUAAUAAGAGAUUAAUAAGGAUAUGAACCCCUGAAACUCUUUGAUUUGGCCUGCCCAUCUUGCUUUGUGGACAUUUUCAGCCUUGCCAAGCACUCUAUAGCCUGCUAAUGAGACAAGAAAUAAUGAUGGCUUUAACUUGUAAUCUGCUUUUGGGACAUAAGGACAGAGACAAAGCCAUAAGUUGAAUCUUUAGGAGUCCAAUACGCUUUUUAUGAUAUAAACUGAGGAUUCUUUUCCACGAGGGCUCAGAUUAUGGACUAUGAACACCUUCUAAAAUCUUAAUGAAGCCUAGGUGUAUUCCUAAUAGUCCAAAGCAUACUACAGCCAACCAGUGAAGGUCAGGAGGUGAAAAGGCUGCUGCCAAGCCUGAAUACCUGAUUUCAAUGCCUGGGACCCAAAUGGUGAAAGGAUAGAACCGAUUCUCCAAGUUACCUUCUGAUCUCCAUACACAAGAAAAGUAAACAAAGGAGUAUUAACAUGCAAGUCCCAUCGAUCCACUUCUAUACAUUCUCCAUUCACUGUUUCCUCCUGGCAUCUAAUUGUCACAGCUUAGCUCUGAUUCAAAAGACGGUGCUCUAUCCCCAGUACCCUCGUGACUCUUAAUAAAUAUUUUUAAACUGUAUAUUAUGUAUUUCUUGAGAGAAUUUUUUUAUACAAGUCAUUUAGAUCCCUCUUCAUAUAGGUAAUAGAAAAGUCAGGUUGCUUCUGACAAAUUCAUGUCAAUUGCCAUAAAGCAAGCCAAGAGCUUAUAGAUGUUCACAGAUGACAUUAAUAAAAGUUUCAUGUCA